AUGUCGUUUUUCGAGAACUCAAAGCAACCCUACAUACUCCGACAACGGAAGCCGCCAGGCCAAGCAGCCCAAAUAGGUUCUUCUAUAGGCUCUGGAAGUCUUUUUGCAUUGCACGAUGAGCCUCGGAAAGCGUCGACGAGUGUGGCGUUCGCUAAGACACCUCGACGAAAGCUCGCAGUAGCAAUCCCAGCCUUACCUUCGUUGUCACGGUCGCCACGAGAUACUCUUCAAUCGGUUUCUCAAGGGCUGAGCGAGCCUCGAAGAGCCGAUUUCUCUCCGGUCGCACCCACGACACCUCGGUCCUCACAGUCCAAGACCCGGUCACCUCGCUUCUCGACAGCCAUGAACAAACUCAUUCGAUGA